UGGCGGAGACAGGAAAAUGGCUGCGAGCAGCUCUGUAGCUCCUGUGGCCGUGACGGCUGCUGUGGGGCAGGUCCUAGCAGCCAGCAGUGGUUUCUCAAACUUGCGGGAAAUUAAAAAGCAGCUACUGCUUAUCGCGGGCCUUACCCGGGAGCGGGGCCUACUGCACAGUAGCAAAUGGUCCGCAGAGUUGGCCUUUUCCCUGCCUGCGUUGCCUCUCUCCGAGCUGCAGCCGCCACCGCCUAUUACAGAGGAGGAUGCCCAAGAUAUGGAUGCUUAUACCCUGGCCAAGGCCUACUUUGAUGUUAAAGAAUAUGAUCGGGCAGCACAUUUCCUACAUGGCUGCAACAGCAAGAAAGCCUAUUUCCUGUACAUGUAUUCUAGAUAUCUGUCUGGAGAAAAGAAAAAGGAUGAUGAAACAGUUGAUAGUCUAGGUCCUCUGGAGAAAGGACAAGUUAAAAAUGAGGCUCUUAGAGAAUUGAGAGUGGAGCUCAGUAAGAAACACCAGGCUCGGGAACUUGAUGGAUUUGGCCUUUAUCUGUAUGGUGUGGUACUUCGCAAACUGGACUUGGUGAAAGAGGCCAUUGAUGUGUUUGUAGAAGCUACUCAUGUUUUGCCUUUGCAUUGGGGAGCCUGGCUGGAGCUCUGUAACUUGAUCACAGAUAAAGAAAUGCUAAAGUUCCUGUCUUUGCCAGACACCUGGAUGAAAGAGUUUUUUCUGGCUCAUAUAUAUACAGAGUUGCAGUUGAUAGAGGAGGCCCUGCAAAAGUAUCAGAAUCUUAUUGAUGUCGGCUUUUCUAAGAGCUCCUAUAUUGUUUCCCAAAUUGCAGUUGCCUAUCACAAUAUCAGAGAUAUUGACAAAGCCCUCUCUAUUUUUAAUGAGCUAAGGAAACAAGACCCAUACAGGAUUGAAAAUAUGGACACAUUCUCCAACCUUCUUUAUGUCAGAAGCAUGAAAUCUGAGUUGAGUUAUCUGGCUCACAAUCUCUGUGAAAUUGAUAAAUAUCGUGUAGAAACAUGCUGUGUAAUUGGCAAUUAUUAUAGUUUGCGUUCUCAGCAUGAGAAAGCAGCUUUAUAUUUCCAGAGAGCCCUGAAAUUGAAUCCUCGAUAUCUUGGGGCCUGGACUCUGAUGGGACAUGAGUACAUGGAAAUGAAGAACACAUCUGCUGCUAUUCAGGCUUAUAGACAUGCCAUUGAGGUCAAUAAGCGCGACUACAGAGCCUGGUAUGGCCUUGGGCAAACGUAUGAAAUCCUUAAGAUGCCAUUUUAUUGCCUUUAUUAUUAUAGGCGGGCCCACCAGCUUCGGCCCAAUGAUUCUCGAAUGCUUGUUGCUCUAGGGGAAUGUUAUGAGAAACUCAAUCAAUUAGUAGAAGCCAAAAAGUGUUAUUGGAGAGCUUACGCCGUGGGAGAUGUGGAGAAAAUGGCUCUGGUGAAACUGGCAAAGCUUCAUGAACAGUUGACUGAGUCAGAACAGGCUGCCCAGUGUUACAUCAAAUAUAUCCAAGAUAUCUAUUCCUGUGGGGAAAUAGUGGAACACUUGGAGGAGAGCACUGCAUUCCGCUACCUGGCGCAGUACUAUUUUAAGUGCAAGCUGUGGGAUGAAGCUUCAACUUGUGCUCAGAAGUGUUGUGCGUUCAACGAUACCCGGGAAGAGGGUAAGGCUUUGCUCCGGCAAAUCUUACAACUACGGAACCAAGGCGAGACUCCUUCUACCGAGAUGCCUGCCCCCUUUUUCCUCCCUGCAUCACUGUCUGCUAAUAACACGCCCACACGCAGAGUUUCUCCACUCAACUUGUCUUCAGUCACACCAUAGUUGGCUUUCAAGCCAGCACAUUGCCAGACUCAUAGUAAGCCUUAACUCCAGGUAAAGAAUGGCCACAUCUGGUCUUCCAAGGACCUUAGCUUUUUUUGUUAGUACAAAUGGAAGCAGCUCCUCAGGAACAGUUUAUAAGACUCACUUUAAGAGGCAGACUAACAGAAGAAUCCUGGCAGGAACAUUGUUUUUUCUUUGCCAGUUAGAAGCACUUCUCUGUUUUGCUUAGAGUGUCUGUAGAUCUUGGCCUUCUUCCCAGACGUUUUUCUCCCCCUAAAACAUCCCUUUAACAGCACUUUAGCACAGGCAAUGCUAUAAGAACAAAGUUUUAAUGCUGCUGGGAGUACCAGAGCAUUAGAGAGGCAAGGAAAGGAGUUAAGUCUGCCACCCUAUCCUCUGGUGGCAGUAGGAUCACUGCAUACCCUAAGGUCAGGGCACUGGAUAGGCAUGACGUGAUUUUGUUCUUGGACUUGCUGAGCAUGAUUAUUAUGAUGUCAGAGAUUGAGUUUAAAUGGAGUGAAGCUCAACGUUUGUUAUUCCUGGAGGGAGACAUUUUUCCAAAACAUGGUUUUGAGGAGGCUUCUAGCUUUGAAAUUGGAAUUAUUAGAGUUAAAUAAAAGAGGGGCAAGAAGAAUCUAACUGAGCCUGGGACUGCAGAUGGUCCUUUCUGAGGGUAAGAGACAUUUAUAGUUAACUUUAUCCCUACAAAAGCGAAGCAAGGAGAUAGGAUUACAGGUAAUUUCAUGGACAUUUGGAAUAACUCUGUGAACAAUAAACUCACUUCAAGCUGGCCUGUUGUAAAUAUUUUUGAUAUAAUUUCUUUUUUCCCCUUCCAUCUCCAACAAUGUUUUUGUCAGUCUUCAUCUCAUUAAACAAGGUUAAAGGAAUCAUUUCUGCUGUGCUCUUGGAAGGCUGAGGCCUAUGCAUGUGUAUUUAGUAGGAGGUAAUAUGUUACGACUAUGUAAUAGCUGCUGUAAUUAAUUUAUACAGUAGAUGCUAUGGAUUAUUCUGAGUUCAGGGCUCAGCCUUUUAUAUUAAGGAAGAUUUAGAAUAUAUAACAUCCCUAGAAUUAAUUUCUUACCAAGCUUUCUUAAAUUAGCUGUACACUAGUUACUGGUCUCUACUGCCAUUCCUGUAUAAGAUUUCUUAUCCUUUUAUAAUUUUUACUUUAAUGAUAUUGCUGAAUUUGGAAUUCAAAUAAAAAAUGUGAAUAAUAUCUUUAAUAUAAUUUUUUGUGUGCAUAUACAUAAAAAAGCAUGAGAUUACAUAGGUGAUUAUAUAUUACAAGAGGGGAAAAACAAUGUCUUGAGUAUUGCAUUCUGGACAGAGUUUGAGGUAUAUGGUAAAGCUUGAAAGAGACCUGUUUAAGCUGAGCAGCUUUCCCACCUCAAGAACAACGAGUACUCUCCUAGCCCACAGUCUUAGUACUUUUUGCCAAAAGGCCCAGAUUUUAGUAAAGGGGAGCAUCGUGAGCGCAGGAUCCGGGCAUAAGGACUGCAGUCGGUUGAGCGUUGGCAGGUGGGUGUUCGAGGAAGUAAGUUUCGAAGAAAUGGUUUCUUCCCCGGGGGCUGCUGGCUUGGUUGCUGAUUUUCCUGAUUGGCUCCAAGGCGCUUUUUGGUAGAAGAAGCCUGGCCUUGGAGUUUUAGCAUGGUAUACUGCUCCGCGAUGCAGGCUGCCUUCUUCCGAAAGUCCAGUUUUACUAGCAUCAUGUUAUUCUGCAGCUCAGCCAGGGUCUGAUCCUAAUAAGAUAGGUAAAUUUAUAGAAAAUAAUCUGUGUCUGGUGCAUUAAAGAAACAAGAGGAGAAGGUAAUACAUAUGUCCUUAACUACUGGCUACUAACAACUGUGUCUACAAAGGUUUUUUUUGUUUUUUUUUUUUAAAUCAGAACUUAAAUGAAUAGGGGCUAUUUUCUUUAAGAAUCUAAAGAAAAGGCAUUCAUUAGGAGGAUAUUUUCUAACACUGAAGGUGAAUGGUAUGAGCUUGAAUAAGUUUACUUAACUUUCAAGAGCCUUAGUUCCUAGGUAUCAAAUGCUGUGUCUAGUCUAAGAUGUACAUUAAAAUUUUUUUUAUCAUCUCUAAUCAGGAAGCAUGUUAGUGAUGACAAAUGUUAUAGCUUAGUUGUGUUUUGUUUUAGUGAUACAUACAAUAUCGGUUUCCUAUAGUACAAGCAUUUUAGAUGAAAUGUGAUAUAAUCUACCUCUCUAGGAUUGUUGUAAUAAAAAAUGCCUAUAGGGCCUCCCCAGUGGCGCAGCAGUUGAGCGCUGGGUUGCAAGGUUCGAUCCCCAGCUGCUCCCUGGCCACCAGAGGAGGGUCCCACAUGGUGCGCAGACCUCUCCUGCCGCCCGCUGCUCCCCUCAGCAGUGUACUUCGGUCCUUCUGCCUGCUCUGCUCCCUGCUCUGGCUCUGGUGAAUUCUCUCACCCUCCCGUGCCUCUGACUGUACCCAGUGCUUGUAUGUAUAAAUAAAUAAAUAAACAAACAAACAAACAAAUAAAAACAUUGCUCCUUCUAAGACAGCCAUGC